AUGUCCUCGUGCGUAUUUAUAUUGGACGAACAGCUCGACCUUCUGAUAUUCAAGAACUUCAAGUCUGUACCUAACCCAAAGGCAUUUGUCGAAUUCUUUAAAAGCAUCUACAAUACCAACUCUGGACCUGUCAUCGCGCACCGGGGAAUCGUGUACGUUUAUGUGUGUCGAGAUGGACUCUUUUACGUGUCUGUAGUUUUGGGCAGCUCGGGCUUCAACGUCAUGGCCAUCCUAGUGUAUCUGAGUGAUUUCCAUGCGCUAGUGAAGAAAUACCUGCACGUCUCGCAAGUGGACCGCAACAACAUUGUGGACAAUUUCAAUCUCGUGUACGAGCUUCUGGACGAAAGUAUGGAUUUUGGUAUUCCUCAACUAACUGAAUACAACAUCAUUCGUGAAUUUAUCAAGAUCGAGGCCAAUGUGCCCGCCAAGAACGAGGGCCACCGCAAUUCCUCGUCCAAAGAUGACGAAAGUGACAGCGAUCACGACGAGCAGUCGCUUUUGAAAGCCUCUGUGGUCAAAGACAAAGGGAAGAAAAAUGGAUUACAAGGCGACGAGCAGUACAUCAACAGUUUUAUACUUCGAGCCACAACCCAGGCCAUAUCUUGGCGUCCAAAAGGUAUCUACUACCCGAAGAACGAACUGUUUGUUGAUGUGGUUGAGUUGCAGGCAUACUUAAUGGACAUGAGUCGCGGCCAAGUACGCAAAAGUUUCAUACAGGGAAAGAUCAUAUGCCGGUCAUAUCUCUCGGGGAUGCCCAAGGUCAAAAUGUGCCUUAACAAGAUGCUCAAGAAUAAGGAUUUGUUCUUAUCCGCAGCUAAGUUUCAUCAGUGCGUUUCUCUAAACGCUCUCAACAGUCAAGAAGUAAUAGAGUUUAUACCGCCAGAUGGAGAAUUCCAGCUAUGCGAAUAUAAGCUGAAGCGCCAUAUCAACGAUCCGCCCGUCAUUAAAGUGACAGACUACAAAAUUACAAAGCGCGAGAAAAAGCAGAGGGUUCAAUUGAAAGUUACUGUGGAGCCUCAUUUCAAGACCCAGAAUACCGCCAAAUACCUGAAAGUUCACAUUCCCGUUCAAAGACUGUUCCGCAAAUACAGCAUAGAUUUAAAAAAGCCCCCCAAGUUCAAAUGCGAUUAUGGGUCGAUGGCCUUUAAUGUCACCACAGAAAGCUUGCUUUGGGAAGCUGAGGGCAUGAAAGGUGGGCAUGGCGAAGUCAGUUAUUCGAUGCAAGUUGAGUUUUCUCUAUUUGACGAAGCUGAAUAUAAAAAGGAACUCGAAGAAUUGCAGCAUUCUAUGGAUCCUCCACCUCUGCGAGAUGGAGUAAAGCUGGAUGAGCUUUACGCUCAGAUUAGCGAGAACAAGACCGAGACGGCUGAGCGGAAACGCAUAAUGGUAGAAUUCGAGGUGCCCUAUUAUGCAUGCAGUGGUUUGAAGGUUGAGUACCUUAAGAUAGAAGAGGAGCAACUUGAAUACCAGUCGUUUCCUUGGGUAAGGUACAAAACGGUUAACGACCAGGAGUAUGCCUACCAAAUCUAG